AUGAAGAGAGCGAUGCGAACAAUCACACUUUCCAAAGCUCAAUCCCAUUCACAACCGCUAUUCGCCACGCACGACAAGCAAUCUGACUUUCGAUCAAAUGAGUACAUAUCACGCGACAAAAUUCAUCGACAAACAAUUGACUGUCAAACAAAUUCAGCGGUUCUGCACUCAGUUCGGUUAGAUUUUAAUGACAAUAAUAAUGACAAUAAUAAAGACAAUAUCAAGGCAACUGUGACGCCAGUAAAAAUACUAACAAUAGUUGUUCUAUUUUCGAUAAAUUGCCGACAACAAUGUCAUUGGUGUUUUCUUGACAAUCCUACUCUUCUCCUUCUUGUUACUUCUUUAGUCUUAACUAGGAUUGGUAACUCGUUCUACUGUGGUUUUUCUCAUUCUACGCUCUAUCCGUUAAGCAAAGCAUUUGGAAGGAGACCAUACUUUGGUUUUUCUCAUUUUACGCUCUAUCCGUUAAGCAAAGCUUUUGGAAGGAGACCAUACUUUGGUUUUUCUCAUUUUACGCUCUAUCCGUUAAGCAAAGCUUUUGGAAGGAGACCAUACUUUGGUUUUUCUCAUUUUACGCUCUAUCCGUUAAGCAAAGCUUUUGGAAGGAGACCAUACUUUGGUUUUUCUCAUUUUACGCUCUAUCCGUUAAGCAAAGCUUUUGGAAGGAGACCAUACUUUGUAGAGUAUUGUAGGAUUUUACCGAAUUGUUGGCAUUAA